UAUGUACAGGUUUUGAGCUCAACCAAGAAGUGGAAAAUGUUCCUUCAGGUUUAUCUCAUCUCCAUUGUUGUGACCGCUGUUAGCAGUCAGUCCACACUGAAUUGUGCUGGCUUCCUCAGAUUACCAGACUACAAUGACAUCAGUGUUGAUUGUGGCACAAACUACAUCAGUCUAGCCAUACAGAUCUGCCCAGCAAUCUAUGCCGGCUACAAUGAUUCAUCACUUUUUGUCAAUGCCAACACAAACGACCCGAAUUGCAAAGGCAUUGUGGAUAGUACUGUUGUUCCUCCUGUACUACGGUUCACCUUUCCCAUUGGUACAAACAACAGCUGUGGGAGCAACUUCAAUACCACUAGUGCUCCAGGCACUGGAAUUUUUGCAGACUUUUCCAACAUACAGUCACUAAACAUCAGUGGCCUGGUGAAAUCGGUUGACACCUCAGUGAGUGUGAUAACCUACAGCACUGACCUGAAAUACUUUUACUCUUGUGCCUACCCUCUGGAGUACCUGAUCAACAACACACGACUUGAUGUGUCAUCUUCUGCCAUUGCAGUGAGGGACAGAAAUGGCAGCUUCGUCAGCACUCUCAGCCUAAAGCUGUUCAGCGACACAACCUAUACCACACCUCUUAUAAUUCCCACCCAGGGGAUUCAACUGAGGUCAAAUGUGUUUGUUAUGGUCCAAGCCAGCAACCUCACUUCUCAGUACUACGUUCUGCUGGACAGGUGCUAUGCUUCUGUGUCCCGAUACCCAUCCACCUCUACCUACUUUAAUCUAUUUGUUGGGUGCGUCAGGGAUCCCGUGACCAACAUAACUGAGAAUGGUAUGAGUCAGACUGCUCGCUUCAGCUUCCCGGCCUUCCGAUUUACAGAGCAACAAAACCAAAGUGUUUCUAGCUACUACUUACAUUGCAUAACGCGACUGUGUGAGGUCUCUUCCUGUGUCACUUUUAGGACAUGUUCUGCAGGCAGAAGGAGAAGAGAGGUGAACCCUACGGUUUCAUCUAAUGGACUUACAGACACCACUACUCUCACCUCACAACUCAUCAUUACCAAACCUGAGAGCUACACAGAUCCAGCAACAAAAGAGCAAGCAUCAAUCAGUAAGGAUGCUUCAGACUCCACUACAGGCCUGGGCGUGGCAGUGGGAAUACUGGCAUUUACCUGUGUUGGAAUCAUUGUUUUGGGCGCUAUAAUAUACAAAAAACUCAAUCUUUUUAGUGCCAGCAAAAUCCGUCGUUAAAUGGACUGGAGUGACCUUCCUCCAGAGCGAUAACUGUAGGUCCUGUUAUUCAUACUCAUAUUUCCAUGGGCAAAAAAGUUUCUGGUUUCUAAAAUAUGACUUUUUUGAGGAUUUAAGAAACGAAGAUUCUACUCUGAUGUACUCUGCACACUGGGUGUAAUGUGGGAUAGAACUAAGAUAGAAUACAUUGCAAAAAUAAACACAUACUGUAUUUAUUUAAACGAAUCUAUUAUUUAAAAAAAUAUGGACCAUAAUUAUUAU